AUGAUAAGGGAAGAACGUACUCCAAGUUCAUCAUGGUGGGAAGAUGUUCAACACCAUCAUCAUACUGAUCAUGCAAACUUUUCGACGACGUUUUACCACAAUAAUAACUCAAACGCAAGCUGUGAAGGAGACGAUCUCUCAGUCUCAACCGUUAACGCUUCAAAUUGCUUUGACAUAACCGCUAAAUCCUCCAAUCAUCACUCUCUCCGUGGUCCGAAUCAGCAUGCUUCCACCUCCGAUGAGUUGCUCCCAAACCAUGUCGUCUCUUCUAAAUAUCAUCUAUGGAGUCUUGCCUUCUUGUAA